AUGCAUCGACGAAUCCCAACCGCCGGCAUGGCGCAGCCCCGCUCGUCCGACCGUGCCGCUGCCACUCUCCUCCGCCUCGGCUCAACGAUCCACCGCGCGGCUGCCAGCUUCCGAUCGUCGUCACCGCUCCUAGACCAAAGUUCGCCCAUAGAGAACCUAGAUCCGCACGCCAUGCAUUCGGUCGGCGACGAGGUGCGCGUCUCCCUGCUGGCCUCCAACGAUCUGCACAACCAACCAGGCCUGCCUCGCCAUCUCGACGCUUCGUCCUCCACCACCUCGCUUUCGUCCGCCACCAUCUUUGACAGCGAGGAUCCAGCCACGUACGACACCGCCUUUUGCCACCGCCGUUCCAGCUCGAAUGGGUCCGCAGACACGCUCGUCGGCGCACUCGUUGCGAAACGCUUCCCCGCAAUCUGGCAUAGACUGCCCUUGGCCCGCUCCGCGCACGCAUACAAGCCCGUGGCCACGGAUACAGAGCCUCGCACGCCGAGCCUCGACGGCAGGAGGCUCAGGGUCGUCGGUGUGCUGCUGCUCGCUGCGUUCCUGCUCGGCGUCGGGGGCAGCAAGCUGCACAAGGCCUUGGCAGGAAAGCCCGCAACGCCAGAAGAUCCUUUCCUGGCCUCGCUGCACGACGACGAUUCCUGGCAGGACAAGGCCGUGGUCACGCCCACCUUUCCGAGACCUUUGCAUCCGACAAAGCCCGAGGAGAUCUUGCCGUUUGGACUGCACCACUACGAUGCCGACCCUCCGCCUCUUCGUGCGCCAGCAUCGUCGGCUCCCAAUCGCAGGCAGCUCGACGUGAUACCGGCACAGCGCAUCUUGUUUGACAAUGCAGAAUGUCUCGACGAGUGGGUCGCCGAGGGCAAGGUCUGCGAUGAAUUGCAAGGUGCAUAUGGCAGGCGACCCGAUUUGACCAGCGUCGAUCUGCUCUACUCGUGGGUGAACGGCUCCGACUGGCGCCACUCGAGCGCAAGCUGGAUGCACGCCUACAGGCCGACGGGACGGUGGCAGGAGUAUGCCGAGCAAGACCUCUUUCCCUCUUCGCACCAGCUUGGUCGUCGCGACGCUGAACUUCAAGAGCAGACGCCGACGAAAAGGACGGCACCGACCAAGGCGCCGGUGCCGAGCAGGUUCAGAGACCACCAAGAGCUGAGGUACUCGAUGCGCUCGGCCGCCAAGCAUCUGCGUGGCUUGAGGACCAUCCACAUUGUCUCGCCCGACUUUUCGGCUCCCUACCAUCUGCAGCCCGGCGCCAAGGUGCAAAGGAAGAAGCGCUCGUCGCAGCCGCCGUUUCUGCUCACCGUCGAUCGGCUAGAGCAGGGGUUCGUCGGGCUGCCCUCGCAGCUGCGUCGCGUGCAGAACAUUGGCACGGACCGAUUCACAACCCACGAGCACCAGCUGCGCGAGGGUCAGGUGCCCCAGUGGCUCGCACUUACCGAGGCAGCAUCCGUCCUUGCUGGUCAAGACGCCGAGUCGGACAGCCCUAAGCAGUCGUUGUUGCCCCACUCCAUCGCAAAGCUGUUCGCGCUCGCAUCGGACGACGAGAAGCCAGCGAUCUCGCCGAACGUGCGCCUGCAUCACGACUGGAACGCAGUGACGGAUAACUGGCUCGUCUCGCGUCCCGUCACGGAGCGGGAGCAUCAGCAGAGGGACGACUACCGCCGCGCCGCGCUGCCCACGUUCAACUCGAUGGCCAUCGAGUCGAUGCUCGGCGACCAGCCCGGUCUCGCCGACAGCUUUGUAUAUGCCAACGACGACUUUUUCCUCCUCGACGACGUCAGUGUCGCCGACGUCACCUCGCCGCUGUUUGGGCCCGUGAUGCGGCUCGACUACAACCUCGUCGUCAAGGGCGUCCAGUCUCCCGACGCCACGCCGGGCGAGUGGUCGUCGCUGUGGCACACCAACUGGCUGCUCGACCAGCGCUUCGGAACGCGCAAGCGGCCGUACGUCCAGCACGUCCACAAGAGCUUCUCCAAGGCCCUGCUGCACGAGACUCGCAUGGGCUGGGCCGCCGAACACGCGCGUCUCGGCAUCAACAGGUUCCGCAACGCCGGCGACAAUAUCGUCACCCACUUUCUCGCCUACUACAACGUCGUAGAACGCCAUCGCGAGGCGAUGCUGUGGAGCUUCUUUAUGCUUCGCUUGGACAGCGACGGCGAUGGUACGGUGUCGGACGCCGAGAGGCGAGGCGCCUUGCUCGCCCUGGGUCUUACGCAGCAGCAGGCUGCCAGAGUCGAAAGCUCCCGGUCGGAGGCGGAUUGCAACGUCGAGGUCAAGCUGGCCAGGCGCAGCACCCUCGCCAAGGACCACGCCAACGAAGCGCUUGUCAGGGCCGCAUGGCCGGUGCCGCUAAAGAGCCGCUACUCGUUUGUCUCGCAGGAUGGAUAUCCCCUCGGCGACGUCUCGGACCGCGUCAUUUAUCGCCGCAGCCAGCCACGCAUGCAGCGUCGCACCUCGCCGCGCGAUCCGUACUGGCAAGCGUCGCAUCGAGGCGAGAGCGGCUACUUUGGCUGGCCCGACUUUGUCGACGAUCCGACCGCGCACCCGAACAACGAGUGGCACAACAGGCGCUUCGACCGCCCUGCAUGCCAGCUCGACAUCGGUCGGUGCUUCGUCAGGCCCUUCGGGGGAGCGGGGGCGCAGUGGCAGGAUGUGUUUACGCGCUUCGCCUUCGAAGACGUUGCGUGCGGUGACUGCCUCAUCCACCACCUCGUCGGCCAGAGCGGCACUCGCGGCCUGUCUGCCUUUCUCCCAGAGAAGCACCGCACGUACGAGGGUGAGACGGAGCCAGAGGCGCCUGGGCGCAACGCCGUGCCGCAUCUGCCGCUCUCGUCAGUGUGGAACGCCAGCGCGCCCGUAGACGCCGCCGCCGAGGCGGAGCGGGCCUGCUUUAGCGUCGCCUGUGUGCUGGCCAACUCGGGCUUCGGGCACGGCACCCGGCUGCGCGACUUUGCCAGCAGGCUCAUCCAGCGCUACGCCUACACGAUUGCCGAGACACCCAUCGAAUUCCACCGCAUGGAAACGCUCUACUCGGCCACCAAGAUCAUGCAGGCGCUCCAGUCGGCCGCAGCCAGACCGUCGGCUCUCGACCGAUUCGCACAGGCAAACGGAACAGACACACCCGCGCCCGCGUGGGUAUCCUCGCAGAGCAACAUCGACACCCAACGCCCGGCCUUGGUCUGCAUCAACGACGAUAUCACGGACAAGUGGGCCGACCAGGUGGCCGCCAAAUUCACAGCGUGGAUGCACGACAUGUGGCCCGAAAAGCAAGCCUGGGAAUUGGAGCGCAGGGCUGGUGAUCGCUUCACCUGCACCGCAAGCGGCCAGCACAUCGGCCACGACGAAGGAGAGCCCUUCCGAGUGCGACGACAGCGCCCAGCCCUAAGCCAAUGGGUCCGCCAGCAGAUCCUGAGCUUCGAUCAGAUCCUUCGAAGGCCAGGUACGCAGCCCAUCGUGCUGAGCUCCUUGCAGCAGCAUGGUUUGGGCCCCACCGUCUUUAGGCACAUCGACAUCAUGCCCGUCGAUCCUGCAACAAUCGGCGGACACAUCUCUCUGGACCGCUGGUACGAAGGGAACGGCGAUGGAUACGAAGCUCUCGAUCUGAUCUUCAACCGAGGCGAUUCUUUCGUGGACAUUGGGCUCUACGUCGCUCAGCACCUGGCCGAAUACGAGGAGAUCUACGGCAGCGCAUCUCAUUUCUUCUUGGAUGCGAUCACUGCGCUGAACGAAGAGAAUACGUCGGUGAUGUCGGACGACAUGGCUCAAUUCAUGGUAGAUAGGAUGGGUCAGGCCCUCAUCCUCUGUCAGGUAGAUCCGGACAUACCAGGCGACAGCGAGAUCACGACGCUGGUCCCGCGCUUCUUUCCGGAGAAUGGCUGCACGAUUGCCAACCGCUGCCUCAUCAACGAUCAGGGCGGUUGGUCGGUGGGCGAUUGGUCUCUGGCUGGCAGAAGCGACGGCUUUGUGCCCCUUCAUGGAUUGCCAGUCUUUAACUCGUUCUGGCGCGAACGCUUUUGGGCAAAGAGGAACAGUGCUGCCCUGGUCAGUGGCUUCGAGCUCUGGGGCGUAUACGCCUCGCACGAUCCAUUCAGGAAUCGCCCUGACCUUGUUCGCUAG